AUGGCGCCUCACGACAGACCGAACAGCGUCCAUGCCCCCUGCAAGCCGAUCAACUAUCCCAUUGCCCAGUACCCUUCGGGCACUCCCCGCCCUUGCCUGGCUCAGGGAGAUCAGUACGACAACCUCGUGUACUGCUGCAGAUGCCGCAAGUGCCGUGUUCCGGACGACUUCGAACAGCACCCUCCCGGCUACUUCACAAGCCGUAGCUGCAUUCAGUGCAACAGCAUCGAGAAGAAACCGAAGGAGAACGGAAAAAGAAAGGGGAAGAAGGCUUCCAAGAGAAAAGCUCCCGCUGAGCAAGUCUCUUCCAGCCAGGCUUAUUUCAGCCAGUCCGCUCCCAUCCAGACUGAUCAGCUUGUGCGGCCGAUCCCUCCCCCGACUCAGCAGCAACUCUCGAGCCUUCAGGCUCCUAAUCCCUAUCAGCAGUCUUUUAGUCAUGUCCAGUCGAGCCUUGGCUUCAUGUCCAACCGGGAACUCUUUGGCCUUCCUCCGCCUCCCACUCCCCAUCCCGAACCUACCACUGGCCCCUCUCAACAGACUCCUGGCCAUGCACAAUCAACUCCUAUCCUUCCGGCGAACAUCGGCUUCAUGUCUACACAGCAUUCUAUUGGCCUCAGCCAGGCUCCUACUGGCUAUUCUGAGCAGAGCACUUGCCCACCUCUGGAGUAUUUUGCCGGUUAUGGCUAGCAGCCUGCCGUCUAUGCUCAGCAUCCACCUGGCUAUCCGGAGC